CCAUGGCUUUGCUCCAUCCCUUCACCAGCCUCCUCCUCCUCCUUGCUGUGCCCUUCUCUGGGGCUACAAAUCAGUCCCUGCUGCUCCGUGGCUCCCUGCCUGCCGUUCCCCGCCUGCCCCUCCUGCAGGCCCUGCAAGGGCAGGCACCAGGCAGCCGGGGCUCACAACUGGGGCCAGCGAGCAGACAGCCCCUGCGCUACAUGCUGGACCUGUACCGACGUGCCGCUGACCGCGAAGGGCGACCGCGCCAUGGCCGAAGCCUGGGCACCAACACCAUCCGCCUGGUCCAGGCCAGUUCCCAUGGUGGUCGACCCUGGGCAGGUCGCUGGUAUGUGCAGCCCCUCACCUACCGCCUGGAAGGCCAGUCCAAGGCAGAGCACCUCCUCCGAGCCACGGUGGUCUACCUGCCCAGCCUGCCGCUGGCCAGCGGUCGCCUCCUUUGUGCCCUGGAGCUGGCGGCCACCGGUGAGGCAUCUGGGUUGCUGCUCAGUCCAGCUGUCCACUCGCUCCACAGCUGGGCAGAAGCAGAAGUCACCCCUUAUCUGGUGCCAGGAAACGGCAGCACAGAGAGCCUGGAGCUACGGCACGUCUGUGUGCGAGCCGGACGGGCGGGGCGUCAUGAUACCCCAGCGGCUCCCAGCCACCCAUUCCUCCUCCUCUACCUCAACGACACCCGGGCUGGGUUGGCACCUCCAGCAGCAGAGCCCCAGAGACACCGGCGUGACACGGGGACACUGGCUCACGAUCUGCCUGGCUACCUACGGGAGAAGGGAGGGGAGAAGAGUGACUGCUCCCUCCGCCCCUUCCCCGUCAGCUUCGCCCAGCUGGGCUGGGACCACUGGAUCAUUGCUCCCCACCGCUACAACCCGCGCUACUGCAAGGGUGCUUGUCCCCGUCUGCUCCGCUAUGACUACCACGCACCCAAUCACGCUGUAGUGCAGAGCUUCGUCCACCAGCUGGUGGAUGCCAACGUGCCUCGGCCGUCCUGCGUUCCCUACCGUUAUAGCCCCAUCAGUGUCCUCAUGAUCGAGCGCGACGGCGGCAUCCUCUACAAGGAGUAUGAGAACAUGAUCGCAGAGUCCUGUACCUGCCGGUAACGCCUGCUGCCCCAGCAUGUUGCCCCCAGGCUGUGCCUGUUCCUGCCGGACGCAGACUUUAGGGUUUGUCUUGCUCUGCCUGGGGUGGGUUCAUCCCCUCUCCCUGUGCAGCACUGUUCUGUGGGAAGGUUUUACAAUGGCAGUUUUAUGUAAGUUGUAGGUUUUUAAAGGCAGGAGCCUAUGCUGGGGCAGCUGCCCCAUGGCAUCUGUCCUUCCUGCAGCCCCAAAGCCGCUGCCUAUUUUCAGGGGAGGCUUGGCCUGAUGGUCCCAGAGAAAAGCUGGAUCCCUGGACUGGGGCACAAAGUCCUUCAGAGGUGGUUAGGAGUCUCCUGGUGGAGCCAGGGUAGGGAGGAUGAGCAAUCCUGCUUGUGAGAUUCCUUCCCAGCUCAUAUGCACCCUGUUCUGUCUAGUCCCAGCUGUGGUGACAUCUCACCAGGCUGGGAAUUGAGCUGUGGGGUGAAAGCCCCUCCUCUCCUGCAGUUCUGCUCUGGGGGGAGCUGUGAAAACUGGAGGGACUCAAGCUGCCAGCCCUGCUCCCAGUGGUGGUGGCAAGGCAGCUGCCUGUGCGGUGCUCUGCCUACUGCUUCCUCUGCCACCCCUGUCCUUCACUUCCUUGGCUUGCUCUCUAUCAGGGCUUGGGUCUCACCCUAUUCCAGGGGUUGGACCCCAGUCACAGUGCCACUCUUCCUUUUUGCACCCUUAUUGUCCCAUGGGACACAGACUCUGCUGGAGUCCUGGCCUGCCCCAUUGCUAGAGGGGUCAGUCCUACUCCAGCACCCCUGCUGCUUGUCUUUUCUCUAUUUAUU